CUGGUGCCCGACGUCUAUCGCAAGCCAUCAGGCGGCCUACCUCUUGCUUGCAGCAUCCAAUCCUUCCAUCUUUUCCGCUCGCUAUGGCUCCCAAGAUGUCCUACGUGCGUCUCGGCAACUCGGGACUCAAGGUGUCGAAGAUCAUCCUAGGUUGCAUGUCGUAUGGAUCGCCCGAGUGGCAGGACUGGGUACUACCUGAAGAAGAGGCAAUCAAACACAUCAAGUUUGCUUAUGACCAUGGCAUUCAGACCUUCGACACCGCGAAUGUCUAUUCCAACGGUCUCUCUGAAGUCGUCCUUGGAAACGCGAUCAAGAAGCUGGGUCUCCCGCGUGAAGAAAUCGUCGUCAUGACUAAGUUGCACAAUGCUGUAGCGAAGGACGAGAAGACCAACUUUUGGUACAAUGGCCAAAACCCCGAAGAUGUGGGCAUCAUCAACCAGAAGGGUCUCAAUCGCAAGCACAUCUUCGAUUCCGUCAAGGCCAGUUUGCAACGUCUGCAGCUGGACUACAUCGACCUGCUCCAAUGCCACCGUUUCGACUACGACACGCCGAUUGAGGAGACUAUGCAAGCCCUGCAUGAUGUCGUGAAGGCAGGAUACGUCCGUUAUAUUGGCAUGAGCUCGUGCUGGGCCUAUCAGUUCCACGCCAUGCAGAACUACGCCAUCAGCCACAACCUCACACCGUUCAUCUCCAUGCAGAAUCACUACAGCUUGCUCUACCGUGAGGAGGAGCGCGAGAUGUUCCCGACGCUCAAGCACUUUGGCGUCGGCUCGAUCCCAUGGUCUCCUCUCGGACGGGGAUUGCUCACUCGUCCUAUCGAUGGCAAGACUCUCAGGCUGAAGACUGACGGCUUCCUUCCAUUCUACGACAUCCCAUUCCUUCCUGCGCUCCUCAGCAGGGUCGAGGAGCUCGCAAAGAAGAAGGGCGUAAGCAUGGCCCAGAUCUCGACGGCCUGGAUCAUGAACAAGCCCGGCGUCACCGCGCCCAUCAUCGGGACGACGAGCCUGAAGAACCUCGAAGACAUUCUUGGUGCUCUUGACGUUACACUCACGGACGACGAGAUGAAGUACCUGGAAGAGCCGUACCAGCCGCUGAAGGUCCUGGGCCAUGCCUGAUGAUUCCCUGUAAUUCCCCCAAAAUUGCGAUGCAGGCGUACGUCCUGUAAGGCUCGAUAUAGGUAUCCUGCGGGGCUCGUGUGAAUGCGCGCUUUGUUGAACAGAUCUCGACUCUUCCAUAAUACGAAGACCGACAAUGAUGACACC